AUGCUUCUAAAUAUGAGCGAUAUUGUUGGUCAAUGGCAAGUAGCAUUAUCAGAUGGUGUUCAUAAAAUAGAAUUUGAACAUGGAACAACGUCCGGUAAAAGAGUAAUUCGAGUAGAUGACAAAGAAAUAUAUCGAAAUGAUUGGCUAUUUAAACUUGUGGGAAAAGAACAUUUUAAGAUCGGUAAACAUAGUUGUACAGUAAACAUCGAUGCCAUUUCUGGUUUUGCCUACGAAUACACGUUAGAAAUCGAUGGUAAACCAUUACAGAAAUUCAGUGAAAAUCGAUCGAAAAUUAGUCGAACAUGGACACUGAAAUUAGAUGGUGAACUGUAUCGAAUUGUGUUGGAAAAAGAUACAUUAGACGUUUGGUUAAACGGUAAACGUAUCGAAGUUGAUGGAGAAUUUACAGACGAAGGCACUGAGACACAUUUUACUAUAGAUACACCUAAAACAAGUCACCAUGCAGUUGUCAAAGCAGUAAGUUCCGGGCACCGUCGAUCCGAUGAUAGUAUGACAGAUGCAUCUCAUAAAGAUUUAUAUAAAUGGGAAAAUCGAAAAAAAUAUUCAGCAUCAAAAGUAUCAUCCAAAAAAUAUGAUGAUAUCAAAGUGUGGUUACGUGAGGUAGAACAUGCAUCGACGAACGCUGUUGAAACUGUAUUUUCUCGAUCAUCUGGAAAACAUGGUGGAAAAAUUUUGGCUGAUAAAUGUGCUGAAUAUGCAAAAACAAAUGAAACAGCGUACUCAGAAGCUCGUGAAAUUCUUGAUGAAUGGGUACAAACAAAACUUCGUCUAGAAGCAGGACUCGAUGAUAGUGAUGACGAUGAACAACAACAAUUAGGUGUUGUUCGUGCCGUUAAAGAAGCAUGUAAUUUAUCGAUGAGUGAUGAAUUUAAUUUUAUCUAUGAUCAACCAAAAGAUAUAAUUACAUUCAAUAAUCCAAGUCUCUACUAUGAAACACAUGAUGAAGUAGAUUUAGUCAAAGAUAUUCUUCAUGAUCUACGUACAAAAGAUGUAAUUAAUCGACAAAAUUUAAAAAUAAUUGAACAAACAAAACCCGAAACUAUUGAUAUUCAGACUAAAAUUGAAUUACGUCAUCAAAAGGUAAAAGAAAAUCAUGAACAAAUGCAACGAGAACGUGAAAUAAAAAAGAAACAAAUACAGGCAAAAAAAGAAGCAGAAACACAAGCACGACUUUUAAUUUUAAAAGAAGAACGUGAACGUGCAUUAAAAGCAAAACAAGAAGAAGAAGAAAUUGAACGACAUGUUAUUAGUAUAAGAAAAGAAAUGAAUGAAAAACGUUAUCAAGAUGAUGAACAACGUAAACAAUAUCGUGAAUUUGAACAUGCAAAAUUAGAGCGUAUUAAAGCGGAAGAUGAACGACAACGAAAAGAAGAGGAAUUACAAAAAUUAAAAGAAAUUUCAUUAAAAGAACAACAAGAUUUGAAGGAGAAAAAAUUAAGUCAUCUAGUCGAAGAUUUUAUUCGAAUGAAAGGAUUAACUAUUUUACAAAAAAAUUUUUCAUCAUGGUUGAAUGUUGUUCUUGAUAGACGAAUUCAAAUGGGUCGAGCAGCAGCAUUAGCCGAUUGGAAAUUAUUAUUUAGAUCAUUCAAUUGGUGGCGUAGUACAGUUCGAACAACAAAAGUUGAACAAGAAACAGUUUUACAUGUGUCAGAAAUGCAAAAGAUUAAUGUUCAAAUGCAAAAAGCAAUAAAUCAUUACGAUAAAACAUUAUUAAGAAGAUCAAUGAUCAAUUGGCAAAUUUAUAUUCGUAAUGAAUUAAUUGCAAAAAAUUUACAACAUGAACAACAACAAACAAAACAGAAAAUAAACGCAUUUCUUGAAGCAGCAACAACUGGACGAUUAUGGUCAAAUACUGAUGAAAAAUUAGAUAAACCAAAAAUGACAAUUACAGGAAGAAAAAAUGGUACCGUUUCACAAUUAUCAUCUCGAACACGUUCAACUGAACCAUCUGAUAAUAAAUUUCAUCAACGUCCAUCAACAACAUCUGAAACAAAUUUUGAUAUUAAACUUGAUGAUUUUUUUCAAACACCAUCACAACAACAAAUAAUAAAAACGGCACCUCCCAUGGUAACCGAUACUCGUCGUAUGCAUCUUGAUUUCGAAGAAUUAUCGAGUAGUGAUGAAGAUGAAAGUAAAAAACGUCAACGAGAAAAACGUAUUAAACGUGAAAUGGCUGAACAUAAAUCGAGUGCACGUGUUUUAAGUACAUUUGAAAAUAGAUAUAAAACACAAAUGAAAAUGUUAAAUGAACAAAAUCGAUUAUUGAAAGAACAACAACGUAUGAUAGCUGAACUUAAAUUUAAUCAAGAUCAACAAUCUCUUCGUCAACAGAUAUCGAAUCUAGAAGAAUUAAAAGCUCAACAAACUGAAACGGAACAAAUGCAUAGAAAACAAUUGACAAGCGAUCGGCGACAUGCUACAGCUAUUAUUCAUGCAUUCAACAAUGGUGAAUUAAAAAAACGUAGUAAUUCAAUAAGUAAAACAUUAUCUGAACGAUCAAACGAAGCAGAUAAUAUCCAAAAUACGUCUGAAUCUCAAACAAAUCGAACAAAAGUACUUGAUUUAUCAUCGAUUUCCACCUCAUCAAAACAGACAGAAUUUGUAAAAAAUAUGGAAGAACGUGCAAAGCGACGGCAAAUGUUGAAAACGGAACGCGAAGAAAAACGACGACAAAUUGAAGAUGAAAAAUUGGCAAAAGUUCAAACUCUAAUGGAAGAAAAACGUCAGCAAGAAGAAGAAGAAAAACGUGUAAAAGCAGAACAAUCACGCGAAAAACGUCGAAUGGACAAGGAGAGAGAAGAGGAGAAGAAACGUCUUGAAGAACGUUUGAAGACAUUAAACGAAAAGGCGGAUGCGCAUUAUAGAAUUUACGUGAUACGUUAUUAUGGUUUCAAUCAGUUUAAAGCAUUAAUAUCUCUUAAAAAAGAACAAAUUCUCGUUGCCGAUGAACAUUAUAAUUUUAUGUUAAUGAAUCGUGUACUAAUUAAUUGGUAUGACGUUUUGACAGUUGAACGAACACAUUAUAGAACAUUAACUGAUAAUUUUUACAAUUCAACGAUUGUUCGACGUUAUUUUCAAUCGUGGCAACGUUUUAAACAACAACAAGUGAUAGCUGAAGAACGAGCUGAAAGACAUUGUGAUUUUAAAUUAAAACAACGUUUAUUUAAAUGUUGGCAAGAUUAUACACAAACAGAAGUCAUUCGAUUGUAG